CAGAAAGCUGGGUCUUUCAGAGGUGAAAGUAGCUUCAUGCAGCCGGCAUAGAUCUGGGGCUAGUACCUGUGUCUGACGGUCUGCGUGUCAGGGAGAGCUGCUGCUCAUGGACACAAGUUGCAUCAUCAACUGAUUCCCUAGGGCCAUGUCAGUGACAGCCUCUGUGAGAGACUCUGCCUCCUUCCUGUCUUCUCUGAUGAAACUCCAUGUGGUGUUGUAUGAGGCUAAGAGGGUGCUUCAGACCUGGGCUCCCCAGAUGAAAAAUUUGAGGCUGGGGUUAGUGCCAGGUCAAUCGUGUGUCAGGCUGGGGAUGAUGUUGCUUUUGGGGAUAAUUUUUCUCCCGAGCAUAUGCUGUGACAUGGCUUCGGCAUAUUACUCUUCCUAUGAAAUAGUCAUCCCAAAGCGGCUGAUGGUCAGGGAAAGUGAAGACUCAGUGGAAAAGGCAACCUAUUUGCUACUUAUGCAAGGCCAGAAGCACUUGGUUCACCUGAAGGUGAAGAGAAGCCAUUUUGUGAAUAACUUUCCAGUCUACAGUUACCACAAUGGCAUCCUGGGGCAAGAAUCGCCUUUCAUCUCACAUGACUGCCACUAUGAAGGCUACACAGAAGGAGUGUCAGGUUCUUUCGUUUCUGUCAACACCUGUGCAGGUCUCAGGGGCAUCCUGAUUAAGGAGGAAAAAUCUUACAGCAUUGAGCCCAUGGACUCUUCAAGACGGUUUGAACAUGUGUUAUACACCAUGGCACAUGAAGCGCGAGUCUCCUGUGGUGUCACUUCCAGAGACAGCCAUGUGGUGUCCACUAGCUGGCAACAAGGGGGCAGGAAGCCUCAUGAUCUACAGGCGCUGUCCUACUUGUGGUCACACACCAAGUACGUGGAGAUGUUUGUCGUGGUCAACAACCAGCGGUUCCAGAUGUGGGGCAGUAACAUCAAUGAGACGGUCCAGAGAGUAGUGGAUGUCAUUGCUCUGGCCGACAGCUUCACUAGGGGAAUAAACACAGAGGUGGUGCUGGCCGGAAUGGAGAUUUGGACCGAGGGGGACCUAAUAGAUGUCGCAGUGGACUUGCAAAUCACACUCAGGAAUUUCAAUCGCUGGAGACAAGAGAUGCUCUUCCGUCGUGCGAAGCACGAUGUUGCCCACAUGAUCGUCGGGCAUCAUCCUGGACAGAAUACGGGCCAGGCCUUUCUCAGUGGUGCCUGCUCAAGCGGUUUUGCGGCAGCUGUUGAAUCCUUCCAUCAUGAAGAUGUGCUGUUGUUUGCAGCCCUGAUGGUCCAUGAGCUCGGGCAUAACCUGGGUAUUCAGCACGACCACUCGGCCUGCUUUUGCAGAGAGAAGCACUUUUGCCUCAUGCAUGAAAAUAUCACAAAAGAAAGUGGCUUCAGCAACUGCAGCUCUGACUACUUCCACCAGUUCCUUCGAGAACACAAAGGGGCCUGCCUAUUUAACAAGCCAUGGCCCAGGGGCCGCAAGCGUAGGGAUUCUGCCUGUGGAAAUGGCGUGGUGGAGGACACGGAGCAGUGUGACUGUGGUUCUCUAUGUCAGCGUCACCCAUGUUGUGAUGAAAACUAUAUACUGAAGGUGAAAGCAGAGUGCAGUGAUGGUCCAUGUUGUCAUAACUGUAAAUUUCAACCUAAGGGAUAUUCUUGCCGUCCUUCUAGUGAUUCCUGCGACCUCCCAGAAUUUUGCAAUGGUACAUCUGCAGUAUGCCCCGACAACAGGCAUAAGCAAGAUGGCUCAAAAUGUCAUAAAAUUUACCAGUGCAUUAAAGGUAAUUGUAUGGACCCUAACAAUCAGUGCAAACAAGUAUUUGGAUAUGGUACAAAAUCAGCCUCACAAGAGUGUUACAAUUCAAUGAACAGCAAAGGGGACCGAUUUGGAAACUGUGGCAUUCCUACCAGUCCUGGGUCACAAUAUGUUCGGUGUUCAGAUAGUAAUACAUUUUGUGGGAAACUUAUAUGUUCUGGGUUUACAGGCUUACCAAAAAUCAGUCUCCAACAUACAAUGAUUCAGGUCCCUCGGGGAGAUGACUCAUGUUGGAGCAUGGAUGCCUAUACAAGUACUGACAUUCCUGAUGAAGGAGACGUGCACAAUGGCACUUACUGUGCACCAAAUAAAGUCUGCCUAAAUUCCGCCUGCACAGAUAAAACCCCAGUGAUGUCUGCCUGCAACCCAGAAAAAACGUGUAAUGGGAACGGAGUUUGUAACGAUUUAGGGCACUGCCACUGUAAUGAAGGGCGCCCCCCCGACUGUGUUACUGCAGGACGUGGAGGUAGUGUGGACAGUGGCCCUCCUGGUAAGCCAGGUGGGACACCUUCAGGAGGUCAAAAUCAAAAGAUAUCUACUUCCAAACAUGAAGAACGUGCCGUAGACAUGAUGAUAUUAUCAUUCAUUCUACUUUUUAUAAUACUAUCAUUAAGUGUAAUUACUUGCUUGAUCUGCUUGCUUAAAAAAUCACCAGAGGCUGCCCCAGCAGAAGCUCCUCCAGCAGUGCCUCCACCACCAGGCCCAGAAAUAAAGCCAGAGGCAGCAGAAGUGGCCCCAGAAGAAAAAGAAGAAAAAGAAGAGGAGAAGGAAGAAGAAGAAGAAGAAGAAGAGGAGAAGGAAGAAGAAGAAGAAAAGGAGGAGGAAGCAUCAGAUUCUUAAGGUUUGAAAUAGGUAGAUGAAGCCAAGUAUAUCAAACUUCUCAAGCACUGAGUGGAAAUGAGAGGUUUGGUGAAGUAGAAAUAGACAGCUUUAGUGGCUUUGACUCAGAUAUACUAAUGUGGAAGGAAGGAUUCUUUCACUUUUAUUAUUCAUUUUAGUAAUUAAAUUUACAUUAAUUUAAUAUGUCAAAUAUUUUGGUACCUUUUGCUUUUUCACAUUUCAUUGGAACCAUUAAUAUGCAUCUUUGGACAUCAAUGUCCUUGUCUUUUUGGGCCAAUUGUUUUAGUUACCAGAAACUUUUUCAGGACAUGCUGUCUUCUAUUUGUUUGACAUACAGAAUCAUAUGUGCCUGAAUUUAUUACUGUCUCUGGGAUUUUCAUUUUAAGUAACAACUACCUAUUAUGUGAGGACAGUUGUUAUAGGAUUAGUUGUUCUAACUUGAUCUAUAAAUGUGCAUUCAUCAAAGGAAGAGUUUUUAAAUCCAAAAACAAAUAAAACCCUAUUCAUAUUAGACAUCUCUUCAGGUUCCACA